AUGUUCUGCAUGGCUGUGUCUUCAGGGGAAGAUACAAAGCUAUAUGUUGUUUACAUGGGCAACGCUCCAUCACAAGAUAAUGGACAUUCUUACACAACAGCUGCUGCAUUGCACCUUGAUAUGCUUGAAUCUGUGCAUGGAAGUCGAGAGGCAGCAGAGGGAUCAUUAAAGUAUAGUUAUUGGAAGAGCUUUGGUGGAUUUGCUGCUUUGAUUUCUCCAUCCCAUGUCCAACAGCUCUUAGAUAUGGAUGGUGUGGUUUCGGUGUUUGAGAGCAAGAACCUCCAAGUUUUAACCACCAGAUCAUGGGAUUUUAUUGGUUUUCCUGCAUCUGCACAAAACAAUAAUUUGGAUUAUCAAAGCGACAUCAUCAUUGGUGUUUUGGACACAGGAGUGUGGCCAGAAUCUGAGAGUUUCAACGACGUGGGAUUCGGUCCAGUGCCUUCCAAAUGGAAAGGUGGAUGUCAAACAACAUCAGAUUUCACUGCCUGCAACAAGAAACUAGUGGGAGCAAAGUUUUAUCGCAGUUUACCAGGUCCACUAUUUAAACAGGAUUUUCUAUCUCCAAGAGAUGGAGAAGGCCAUGGAACACAUACCUCCUCUACUGCUGCUGGAAAUUAUAUAACAAAUGCUAGUCUUUAUGGAGUUGCCCAAGGAGAUGCAAGGGGUGGGGUCCCUGGUGCAAGGAUUGCUAUGUAUAAGGUUUGUUGGAUUGCUACUUUUGAUGACACAUGUACCGAUGCAGACAUUCUUGCAGCAUUUGAUGAUGCCAUCUAUGAUGGCGUCGACAUCAUUUCUGUAUCACUUGGUGUAUAUACAAGUCCCAAAUACUUUGAAGAUUCCAUUGCUAUUGGAUCAUUUCAUGCAACAAAGAGGGGAAUUUUAGUGGCAAAUUCAGCUGGAAAUACUGGACCCAUGAAAGGAUCAGUUAUCAAUUAUUCUCCAUGGUCUCUAACUGUGGCUGCAAGCACCACUGAUCGUAAACUGGAUUCUCAACUUCUUUUAGGAAACAACAUCUCUAUAGAUGGAACUGCUAUAAACACAUAUACAAUGGAGAAACCAUGGUAUCCUUUAGUAUAUGGAGGAGAUCCUGGCAAUUUUUCCUUUAAUUCAAGUAUUACAAGCAGUAUUUGUGGACAUGAUUCUCUUAAUCACACAGAUGUGAAGGGAAAAAUAGUUCUUUGCCACUCCUCUCUAAUUGUGCCAGAUGAUUAUAUUUUUCGUCGUGGUGGUGCGGGUCUCAUUUUAAUACGAGAUGGAAAUAAUGAUGUAGCUUUUCCAUAUUUUAAUCCCGCAACAGCGAUAACAACUAAACAAGCAGAAGUUGUAUUAUCUUACAUCAAUUCUACUAGCUCUCCUGUUGCCAACAUUCAAAAAACUAGUACUCCCAAAGUACCAGCACCCAUUGUGGCCUCCUUUUCAUCUCGGGGUUAUAAUCCAAUUACAUUUGACAUUCUCAAGCCAGAUAUUACUGCCCCGGGAGUAAACAUUCUAGCAUCUUGGUCCAAAAAUGUUCCAGUCACUGAUUAUGCAGACGAGACAAGAUUCCCUGACUUUAAUAUAAUAUCUGGAACAUCCAUGUCAACUCCACACGUUGCAGGAGCUGCAGGAUUUGUUAAGUCACAUCAUAAUGAUUGGUCUGCUACUGCUAUCAAAUCAGCUCUAAUGACUACAGCAUUUGUAAUGGAUACAACAUUGGAUGGAAAUGGAGAUGUGGAAUUUGGGUAUGGUGCUGGACAAAUUAAUCCAAUUAUGGCAAUUAAUCCAGGGCUUGUAUAUGAUGCAACCAUAGAUGAUUACAUAAAUUUUCUUUGUAGGGAAGGUUACAAUGAUACCACAUUACGUUUAGUGACAGGAGACUUUAGUAGUUGUGACUCCAUAGAUCCUUCUAAAAAUGGAGGAAGACAACUUAACUACCCUUCAAUAAUGGUUGUUGCCAUCCCUGGAGAACCUAUUCUAGCUGAAUUUCCUAGAAUAGUUACUAAUGUAGGAAUUGUAAAAAGUAUAUACAAGGCUAGUGUAUCUGCACCCUCUGGGAUAGAUGUAAUAGUUGAACCAGACACAUUAUCAUUCACUUCUCUAAACCAAAAGUUAUCAUACAAUGUUACAAUCAAAGGUGGAUCCAUUGUAACUGACACGUUGCUUUCAGGUUCAUUAACAUGGAGCUAUGCUAAUUACACUGUUAGAAGCCCAAUCACUAUCUAUGCUAUUCCCAUAUAG